GAGGUAAACAAAGGAGACUUCAGAUGAACGGCAGCGACCCAGCCGAGGGUGAUAACUACUGGAUGAUCUUGUCUCAACAAACGCGUCCGGACCAGAGGCUGACUGUGGGGAAAAGGCCACUCUGAAGCGAAUGAAGAAACUUCUAAUCUUUCACUUCACAUACAGAGGACUUCUAACGAGAGGAAAAAAGAGUAAAAGAAGAAAAUGGAGUAUAAAUUACGAAAAGCUGAACCCAGGGACGUGUCUGAUAUACUACGACUGGUGAAGGAGCUCGCCAAAUACGAAGAGAUGGAGCACCAGGUGACACUGACUGAAAAAGAACUCCUUGAGGAUGGAUUUGGUGACACCCCGUUUUACCAUUGCAUCAUCGCUGAAAUCCAAGGAGAGACCAGCAGUGACGAUCCGAAGGUGGUCGGUUUUGUCAUGUACUACUUCACUUAUGACCCCUGGGUCGGCAAACAGCUGUACCUGGAGGAGUUCUACGUGAUGGAUCAGUACAGAGGACUGGGCAUCGGUUCGGAGCUCCUGCGCCACAUCAGUGAUCUGGCGAUGAAGACGCGCUGCACCGGCAUGAUGUUCGUGGUCGCCGAGAACAACGAGCCGUCCGUCCAGUUCUACAAGCGGCGCGGCGCCGAGGACCUCUCUCAGGAGGAGGGCUGGAGGCUCUUCCGGUUCGACAAGAACAGCCUGGUCAAGAUGAGCACUCCGGCCGAGGAGUGAAGGCGGUCCGGCUUGGCGCCAGAGGAGCGGGAGACGCCAGAGUCCGAGCUGAGGCGGAGAGCUUGGCUGCUUUUUCUUGACGAGUCAUUUAAUUGAAUCCGAUUUUUGUCGCCACUUUAGCUCUCGUGGGUGAGAGCACGCGGUUGGCGGCGCCGCAGCAGCCUGCUCAGGAAUCAGUCGGCCUCUCCGCGUCUCCUCUCCGGUCAGACGAACAAGUUCAGCUUUUCAAAAAGGGGAAAUUGUGUAUCACAGUAAUAUGUUUCUGCAUGUAGUUCACAAACUUUGUAAGCUUUUAUUUUUAUUUUUUGUGGUUGUUUUUUGCUAAAAAGUGCUGCAGCGAUGACGAAUUUUUGUCGACUAAGUUAGCGUCGUCGCCCUGGAUCCCUCGACAAAACCGCCACCUUUCUUUCUCUUUGGGUUAGUACAGAAAAUAAAGCUCUGAGGCAAACGCAAAGUUUGAUACUUACUUACUUACACGUUUAGUUCAGCAAAAUCUUCACAAAUCGCCUGAAGUGAACGACGAUUGGCUUUAAACAAACUAAAUCACAGUCGCAUGACUACAACUUUACCAGCGCUGAGCUUCCAACUUCUGAUUUGAUUUAGUGCACUUUCACAGGAGCCUUAACCCUUGUGUUGACUUCAGGUCACAUUGACCCGAAAAUAUGGGACGUAGAAAUAAGCGCUGAAAAUGUGUAGAAGAAAAAUUUUAACAAUUUAAAACGUUG